AGGAGAGAGAGAGAGAGAGAGAGAGAGAGAGAGAGAGAGAGAGAGAGAGAGAGAGAGAGAGAGAGAGAGAGAGAGAUUGGCGUCGGUAGAAGAAGACAGAGAAAGCGGGGAAAGGGGAGCUAUGGAGAUGGCGACGCCGAGCACAAGCAGUGGGCUAGCGCCCGACGCAAUGGAAGAGGAAGAGGCAUUGGACACCUUGUUGACGAGACUUGCGCUAACUGACGAAAGUAAAUUGGAAAGAGUUCUCAGCAAACUUCUUCCGUUGAUCAUUGGACGGCUGCAAUCCCCUCAUCAAACCACCAAGAAAAAGGUACUGGAGAUGCUCUCUCACAUCAACAAGCGUGUGAAGGGUCAGAGCCACAUCAAACUUCCGUUCAAGGAGUUGCUGGAUUUGUACAUGGAUAAUGGAACUGCUCCUAUUGUCAAGAAUUUUGCCAUUGUGUAUCUGGAGAUGGCCUUGGAGCGGGUCUCUGAUCAGGAGCGGUUAACAGUAGUGCCAUCUCUGCUCGAUGGGCUUUCUGGCAGGCCAGGUCAGCAUCAGGAUAUGCUUCUUCUCAUGGCGAUUGAGGGCCUGCAGCAGUAUGGGUCUGAAAGAGGGGUUAUGGAGCAGGGCUUCGCAGAGAGGUUUGGCUUUAUGAGAAAACCUGCUGACAGAGACAUCUUUCUAGGGUUUUGUCGGCAGUUCGUUAUUUACCAACCAGCACCGGUCUCAGCUGAAGGUGCCUCUAUAACACCCCGAGGGUUGUCCUUAGCGCAGUUGAAAAGGGUCGCUGGGAAGCGGGCACUGAAUGCUGAGGAGCUUGGGAAGCGAAAGUUCGCGAUCAUUAACGUUCUGAAUGCUUUGGAUCUGAGCAUAGAGUUGCUGUAUCCAACUCUUCUUAUUGCAUCUGCUGACAGUGACUCCCGGGUGUCAAGGCGAGCUGAGGAAAUACUGAAGAAACGGGGAGGGAAUGUCAACCUGGAGAAUGUGGAGCUCAUACGUCAGCUUUUGUCGAUGUUUCAAGGUACUCCGGCAAAUGUCACUUGUGCGGAUGACGUGAAAGUUGCUCCAGCAAGUGUACCAUUGAAGACACGACUCAUGUCCGUAUUUACCCGGUCGAUUGCAGCGGCCAACCAGUUUCCAGCCACCCUUCAUGUGGUGUUUGACUGUGUCUAUGGUGCAAACACAACUAUCAAGCUGAAGCAGGCUGGAAUGGAGUUUGCAGUUUGGAUCUUCAGACAGCUUCGCGCAUUCACGUAUCAGGCUGUCAGUCAGUUGGCGCAGCGGACUCCUCACCUCGUCAGUGGGACCACGUCAAUGGCAACAAGGUUCUUUUCUGCACUGAAGACAGAGUCUCCGGCGGUGAAGUCAAGUGUGCAGGAAGGGCUUUCUGCACUUGCGGCGGCAUACCAGACGUGCAGUGCUGAUAUGCUGGCCAACCUGGAGGGAGUUCUGCUUGAGAAUGUUCAACAUGAUCGCUUCGGCUCACGAAGACCAAUGUACACGACUGUCAACACCAUCGGCGACCUCUCUUCAUGUACCAGGGAUGUUGCACAGAGAGGUCUUGAGCCGCCAAAGGAGCAAUCACAGGGGGUGUCCAGCCCAACUACAGGUGUCUACCCAUCAUUUCCGUCAAUGGUCGAGUACGUUGUGAAGCAGCUCCCUCGCGCAUCGCGUCCUGCACAGUUCUCAGAAGCACUGCUUCUUCCCCCGAAGACAUACAUAGCAUUGGUCCAGUUUCUACACCGUUGCCGUGAUGCAAAUAUCAAUUCACGGGGUGGCAAACAAAGUGCUGAUGGUAUGAAGAUUACCGGUAGCUAUGAUGCAGAUAGCAUGGAUGAUGGACCAUCAUCCAGUGAAUCCUACCGUCUUAUUCUUGAGCAUGCACUUGUCAAAGAAGGAACAUCGGAGCUCACCUGUGUUGCUGCAGAGAGUCUCUUGGAUUGUGCUUCCACUCAGGCUGAGGCUUUUGCGGCGGCUUAUCGAAGGCGGACGGACUGGCUGAAGCAGUUGCUGAAGCACAUUGACUCCAGCACAAGAACCGUUGCCGCCAAGCUUCUGGGGAUCACUAUAAAGGCCUUGACAUCAACAGAAGCAGCGGCCUUAAUUCAGGAGUUGUCGGUGAGCCCAGAAGCAGUCGCAACAUUGAAGUUUGAAGAAAUCCAUGGCAAUUUUUGUGCCCUCGGUUACAUCAUCGCACAGUGCAUGACUGGAACUCCAAGUGUUCCUACUGAAGUUCUUGAGGCCAGCCUGUCGUCCCUUUUCCAGAAUUUAUGUAACAAAGAUCGCACGAUUGGUGCUGCCUGUGCAGAGGCUUUUGGGAGUAUGGGAUUGAGGGGACCUUUGCCCCUUCCCUUGGGCAUUGUAGACAACAAGGGUAAGGGCAAGCAAGAAGACUCACCUGGAGAGGCUGUUGGUAAUCAGGAAGGGGGCACUUCUGGAGCCAACGCCGAUGAUAGUUCCAUCGAUCCUACACGAGCUGCGGUGAUCAAGAGAAUUGCAAAUCUUUUGGAGUCCAAGGAGGUCAGGGUUGUGACUAAGGCUGUGGAAGCACUUGGCCGCAUAGGGUAUUGUGACAAUACAGAAAGCAUUUUACGAUUGAUUCUGGACAACCUUUUCACCCUCUCAAAAUCACAGGGUGAGGAUGUUCUUUCCACUGUAGGGGAAGCUUUGACAUUCAUAUGGGGAGGAAUACCCAUUAGUCCUGAGGCUAUCUUGCAAAACAACUUCACUUCCCUGGCUGCCUCAGCUGACCUUCUUUUGAUUACAUUAGAAGGUUCCUCGUCCGACAUGGAGAUUGCCGAAGGCAUGGACAAAGAUGCUAGUGUGAAGGAUGGGAGUCACGAAGAGUCGCCUGCACAUGGCGCGAAGGACCUUAUUACAAAGAAGCUGUUUGAUGAGCUGCUGUUCAGCUCAAGGAAGGAUGAAAAGCUUGCAGGGACGAUAUGGCUCUUAUCGUUGGUAACGUAUGUUGGUCGGGACCCGAAGAUACAGUCAAUGCUGCCAGACAUACAAGAGGCUUUCUUGCACGCACUGGGUGAGCGUAACGAGGUUACACUGGAUUUUGCUUCCAAGGGAAUGUCAAUUGUUUACCAACUUGGUGGUGCAAGAAUGAGGGAAAGGCUGGUUGAGUCCCUUGUGGCAUCCCUUUCAGGAGUGUCAAAGAAACGACGGACAGUGAAGAGGACAGGCGAUAGUGAGUCACAAGAGGACAGUUCUUCUCUGGAUACGCCUGGUGGAGGUUUUCUCAGCACCUACAAGGAGCUUUGCACAAUCACAAGUGAGCUUGGGCAGCCAGAACUUCUUUAUAAGUUUGUGGCUGUUCUCACAUCCCGCCGAGGAGGGUCUCCAGGCUUCGCCAUGAUAGCCAAACGAGCCUGUACUGAGCUCCAGCCACAUGUGUCGCCGCUUGUUCCGAAACUCUAUCGUUACCAGUAUGACCCUAACAAGAGCAUUCAGGUGAGAUCUUAUUUGGAGCAGAUAUGGACGUUGGCAAUUCGAGCACUCGAUGACCUGAAGGAAACAGUUAGAAAUGCAGCAGGAGUUUUAUGUCGUACUCUGAAAUCGCUGACAGUGAGACUGUGCGACCGCUCCCUGACUCCAGAGCUGGACGUCGAGCAAUGUCUGGAGAUCAUUCUUCCGUUCUUGAUGAAUAAAGGGAUUGUCAAUGAUGCUACUGCUGUUCGUGCACUUGCAGUGGAUACCCUGACGAAGAUUACCAAGGGAGCAGGUCCAAAGAUCCGUGCGCAGAUGCCUGAACUUGUCGCAUGCAUGCUGGAGAGUUUGUCAAGCUUAGAGGACAGCCGGUUGAACUAUGUUGAGAUGCAUGCGGAGCGAUUGAAUAUGAGCACAGAGAAAUUGCAAGCAGCAAGAAUUUCUGUUGCAAAAGAGUCGCCGAUGUGGGAGACACUGAGCUAUUGUGUCCGACAAAUUGAUGGAACCCUGUUGGCAGAGCUGGUCCCAAAACUUACACAAAUUGUAAGGAGUGGGGUGGGGCUGAAUACCAGGGCAGGAGUAGCAAAGUUCAUAAGCAUGAUAUGUGACAAAGUCGCUGCAGACAUCCGACCUCAUUCUGGAGCAUUGCUGAAGACUCUUUUCAUGGCUAUGCAGAAGGAGAAGAGUACUACAGUUUCAAGGGCUUUUGCUGCUGCUCUGGCAAGUGUGGCAAAGCAUGCGACAGAUGCCCGGUUUUCGAAGCUUGUGGAAGAUUCCAUUGCUCUGUACACUACACCAGGAGAUGCGGAGUCUCGCUCGGUCAGUGCAGGAAUCAUCAGAGAGCUAAGUAGACAGGCUGCUGAUGCUCUCAGAGGCUAUCAUACCGAUGUUCUCCCAACAGCAUUUUUUGCAAGAUUUGAUGAGGAGAAAGAUGUGAAGGCAAUGUAUACCGAAGUUUGGGAGGAAAGCUCGCGUGGCAGUAAUGCCACGUUGCAGUUGUAUCUCCAGGAGAUUGUUAAGACAUUACGGGAUGGCUUGGCUACGUCGCAUUGGCCGCGUAAGCAACAGGUGCUAAAGGCUUUCAAGAACCAAGAUCUGUUCCAUCAUGUUGAUAUGCUUUUGCUCGAUGCGCUGAGCAAUGCGACGUCAAAGGAUUCCUCGACACAAUCAUCGCUUCUUGCAACCACCUCUGACUCAACUAGGGAGGACAGGUCCACUUCAGGUCCACCACUUAUACCAGUAAUUAAUUGCCUAGCUUCUGCCUGGGAGUCAGCAGGAGAGGAGACUCUGGCAUCGAGAGGCAAGGAUGUCGCAAAAGUCAUUGGAGAUGUGCGCAGCGCCGCCCUCGAGUUCCUCCGAGAGGCCCUUCAAGCAACCAACCAUGGGGAGUCUCUCUCUGCGGAGUCGAUCAGCGCUGUUCGGGCUCGUGUGGACAUAAUUGCAUCAAGUGAUAGAGAUUUGCCGACGAAAUCAAUUGCAGAAUCGAUUCGUCGUGAGCACCUGGCGCUGAGAUCAAGGAUGACGACUACGUCACCCAGGAGGGACCACCACGGAUCGGAUCCUAUGGACAUCUAGAAUAUCUAGGACUGGUCAAUCAAUGCUGAUCAGGGUCUCUUCGGCCAGACGGAAGGGAGUGUGUGUGUGUGUAUUGAUGUAAUUCUGCUCAUAUGACUUGCCGGGGGAAUCGGAACCGGACUGAUGCUCUCCAGAAUCGACAUGGAGCCAGAGCCAUAUAAGGACCUGUUUUUGUAAACAUGCACAUGAAGCUCGCGCCUCGCGCCUUGUGUGUGCCAGGUGGGCACGAGACGCGAGGCGCACACGAGGCGCAUGGCGGAGCAGCAAAUUGUAUUAGCUGCAAAUGAAGCAUGCAAGUGAAGCUUGCACCUCGCGCCUCGUGUGUGCUCUGAGGGGCAUGGAGGAGCAGCAAAUUUAUUAGCUGUGACUCCUGUGAUGCUUUUCGUGGGCCGCCAAUAAACACCCUCAACGUCCGGAAUGGGCACGAGCCUUUGGCAAGGCAUUUCCUGGGAAGUUGUUAUCGCCACCGCGCCGGUAAUUCUCAUAUGCUAGUUCGCGACUUGUGUGUGCCAGGUGGCACCACUUCCCUAAGUGUGCUUGCAGUGGUUCAAGCAAAACACGUUUAUUGUGGUUGGAACUUGGCAGGGGUGUACGUCGGCGAUCGACAGACAUGACGACAGCAGUCAGGUCAGACGAGAAGCAGGGCCAUACGGAGGCGAGCGAUGGGCACGACGACAGCGGGCAGGUCGGAAACGAACCCCACUCAAAAUAGAUAAUGUCAAAGGCGAUCAACAGACAUGACGGCAGCAGGCAGGCCAGAAUAGAAGCAGAGGCGUAUGUAGGCGUAUGUAGGCGAUCGACAGACAUGAUGACAGCAGCCAGGUCAGCGAAGAAGCCCGGCGGGUCAGCGAAGAAAUAUCGGUAUUGGAAACUUGUUUAGGUCUUUGAUUCAUUCUGUUGCACGAAAUCCGGCGGAUACAUGUAGGCGAUCGACAGACAUGACAACAGCAAGCAGGUCAGCAGAGAAACAAGGGCAUAUGUCGGCGAUCAACAGGCAUGACGACAGCAGGCAGGCCAGAAUAGAAGCAGAGGCGUAUGUAGGCGAUCGACAGACAUGACGACGUCGUAUGUCGGCGAUCGACAGGCAUGACGACAACAGGCGGGUCAGCGAAGAGAAGCGGGGGCAUAUGUCGGCGAUCGACAGACAUGACAACAGCAGGCAGCAGGUGCGUACGGAGGCGAUUGAUAGACAUGUUGACAGCAGGCAGGGCAGACACGAAGGCCACUGGAAGUAGAUAGUAGGUCAAAGGCGAUUGAUUGACUGACAUGACGACAGCAGGCAGGUCAGUAUAGAAGCAAGGGCGUACGCGUCAAUUCCUUUGAGUGUCAACCUUGCGACCGUGCUCAAGGUCGUUUGGGGGAAGCAGACCCUGCAGCCCUAGGCGAUCAACAGACAUGACGACAGCAGGCGGGUCAGCGAAGAAGCCCACGCGAAUUGAAGCAAAUAGGUCAAACAUACGACUGGUCGACUCUUUUUUUUUGCCCUGCUUUUUCUUCUUCACACCUGCUUGCCUUGGUUUGCCUGCUGAAGUGAGAAUGGAAUUGGACUUUGUCAAUUUCAAGAGGUUGCAUGAUGUGCUUGGAUGGGCGUGUUUACUGAUAUCUUGUUUUGCUAUACGUAAUGACUAGCUAGUUAGUGUGUGUGUGUGUGUGUGUGUGUGUGUGUGUGUGUGUGUGUGUGUGUGUGUGUGUGUGUGUGUGUGAUGCAGAAAUCCAGGAGGAAUUCUCGUUGUCGAAGUUCUGUAGUCGAGGUUUUGGUAGUAUUUAAAAAAAAAAAACAUUAGCGAGUCCUUGCCUUUUAUUUGCAAAAAUGCUUCUUAGUGCGUCCUGUGGGCUAAGCUGGGGGAAUAUGAAGACUGAGGGCAUAAGAACUUUGCUGGAUGAAUCUGACCAACAAGACAGCCAGCUUCAUGUAAAAAGGUCACAGACUCACCGUGUAUGUGCCGA